AUUAUCAGGAAUCUAUUUUUCGAAUGAAAUUAAAUUUACGUGCGUCCGUUUUCUGAUCUUGAAAAGAAAGGACACCGCAUCAGGCGAAUGCCCUCGUAACUAAGUGACAGUUAAGCACUUCGCACGGGAGAUUUAACAAACUUUCAAAUAUACAGGAAAGGUCAGUAAGAUAGACAAAGAUGAAUACGCUGUCCUCAUUAUGGAUUAUUUGAACUGUGUGUCAUAUAUACUCAAAGAAAAAUCCUAUCCUGGGUCAUGUCGCCUCUCUCCAUCUCUUCGUUAUAAGAGGAUAUAGGUUUUUAUGGUAGAAUUAUCAUAUCAAAGGCUCAAUGUUUAUUAUCUUACAGAGAAGAACCCCGAUAUUACAGAUUUGAUGCAAGUUUUAGGACGGUGAAACUGAAGAAAUUGUUGAACAAUUUGUACAACGAGGAAGUUAAAUUUAUUCAUCGGCAUUGAGAUUGAUAAAAAUAAUACAAAACCGUACCUUUUUUUUAAUUCUGGACGCGGCACGUAUAUUUAGAAAAUGUAAACAAGGAAUAGAGAGGCAAUGGUAUAAAUGUUACGUCACAUUUAUUGUGAUAGUCUGGGCAAUAUAAAGGGAAUUAGCAUUUUAAAUAAUAUUAAAGGCGUUUUGCAUUCUGUUCAUGCGUGUGUCAUAAAUGUUGCAUAAUCGGAUCCCAUUGUAACUUUGACUAUAGAAAUUAUUGCCGAAUCUCUGCAAUGCAAUAAAAAAAGAGUUCAUUAACCACAGCAAAUUGUGUAGAUGGUGCAUCAUUAGUGGUGAAAAUGACCGCGGGAUCUUUUCAACCUAAUACACAUAAUUGAUUCAGGUCAGUGAAACACAUCACUACGCACCUGAAAGACAGCAAAACAAAAGAAAACGUAAAAGUAAGUAAAUCACGAAUGACCGCAGAAUUUACUCAACUUCACGCCCCGAUGUGACCCAGUGAUACUAAUGAUCCCGAGACAAACCGACUGAGUGCAGUGCAUGAAUAGUAUUUGAGGUUAUCGACAGAUUCUAUGACGAAUACAAAGGGCUCUCUUUCAUACGGGCAUGUUUACAUUUUGGGGAAAGACUAGUCAAUUUUGGCCCUGGUUCACCUGCGCGGCUUUCUAUAUUAAAGCACCUGUGAACACCUUUAUAAGCCUAGUCUGUCUGAUAGCACACACAACUAGCAGAGAAAGAGGAAAGAACACUCCGCUUAUUUUAAAACAUAUUGAUUCAAAGGAUCGGUUAGAAAAAAACCUUGACGUGCUACGCAUUAGGUGCAUUUGUAAAGGAUAAGUUGAGUGAACUUGGUUUUUUUUCCUUACAUAAGCUAUGUAUGUAACAGACAUAAGGUAUAAUACGCCGGCUCACGGAAACCCGAGGAGUCAUUGAUGCUACGAGGUGUGCGUGGAUGCAGCGUGUUCAGAGAUUUUUUUUAUGGAUGAGAGCCAGGCUUGUGGCUUUAUGAAUUAAUAACUAAGUUCGCGUAAGAUAGAGCGAAAAAUCAUCAAUUAUUGAACCCUCUGUCAAAAAAUAGACACCAGCUUUACAGACUUUUUUUUUUUUUUACAAGUUGGAGUAUAUAUACGCAAACUGUUUACAAACGAUGUAGGCCUUCUUACUGACUGAGAACGGUGGAUCUUGGAUAUUUCUUUAAUACAUAUAGUGAACUUUAUGCAUUUUGUUUGGAUUGAAAGGACUAUUUCCUAAUGAAGACCACUAUGACUGCAUCAUUGAGAGUGGUAGUCCUAGGGGCAGAAAAAUCGGGAAAGUCAGCUGUCACAGUGAGAUUUUUAACCAAAAGAUUCAUUGGAGAAUACAAUUCAAAUAUAGAUUUGCUAUAUAAAUCCUGCAUCAAGCAAGAAGAUUAUCUGACAGACAUUGAAAUCUUAGACACUUGCAGUAAAAAGAGCAACUCAACUUCACCAAAUGCGGAGCCACAACUAAAUUGGGCCGAUGCCUAUGUGAUAGUGUACAGCAUAUGUGAUACUUAUUCAUUUGACAGAGCUAAGACUCUGUUGGAGACCAUCAGCAAAGUUCGUUCAAAUUCUUACAUUCCAGCCCUUCUUCUGGGAAACAAAACUGACCUCGAACACAGAAGAGCUGUUGGUGUCGAAGAAGGCCAUCAGGCAGCGCUCGAGUAUAAUUGCCAAUAUUACGAAGUUUCCGCAGCGGAAAAUUACGUCACGAUUAACAUUGCAUUCCAAGCUUUGCUUAGAGACGCAAAAAUGAAUCAACAACAAAAAUCCAUGCUGAAACGAAGGAGAACUUCUUUAGUGAAUGUUUCAAAGAAACUAGGUGCCAUGUUUAGCGGAAAGAAGGACUGUGAAUUUGACAAGCGACGGACCUCAGUUGAUGUGAAUUCAUCGCUCAGACUCGCGUGAAAUUGAACCUUUAAAAAAGGAGUCAACUUUCCAAAAACACAUAUCUCACCGUGAUAUUUUGAAGCUUUGAAAAUAUCUAAUAUUAGCUCUAAACUGUGAACGAUGAUAGUAUGAGGUAUAGAAAUCCAACAACACCGGAAUCGCUGUAGAAACACAGUGUGGUUUUGAUAUACUUUGCUCUUUGAUGAAUUAAAGUGCCUCUUAAUAGGCAGACAAUGAACAUUGCCUGUGAUGUUUAACGAGAAGAAAAAUGAUGAAAUCAUUGCUCAUUUACAGAAUUUGCCAGUGCAUUAUAAAUGGAGACAGAGUCCAUUACCAAGCAUUGAAUGCUUCGUUGUUUUGUUACAUUUGUUUCUUUUAUGUUAUUGUGAUGAUCUUUGUAUGUAUAUAUAAAUAAACAAGCUUUUUGCAAA